AUGGUGCAUCAGAAGAAGCGCGACGACGGCGAGCCCUCGGGGCGCGAAUUCGACCGCCGGAACUUCAAAGCCAUUCGAGGUAUAUCGCGCGCAGUCUUGGAAGAAAUGGUACUCGAUCUCGUCGAUCCUGAGAGGAAGUUGUCCCCUGGCAGCUGUCGUGUUACACGUCGGACGGAGGGAUCGUUCCACCAUGCAGUAUUCUUGAGGAUUGAGCGCCAUGAUGAAAUUCCGCAGGAGUAUGUUCUCAAGAUACCUGCACACGGUACACCGAAAGAGUGGGGUGUGAACGACCGUAUGAUGUUGGAAUGUGAAGCUCAGUUACUGAAGCAUAUUUACCACCAUACAGACUGUCCAGUACCAGAGGUUGUCGCAUACGACGGCGGCCUACAGAAUGCGAUAGGCGCGCCGUACAUACUCAUGAAGAAGAUCAAAGGUAUCGCGGCGACGGAUCUGUGGCUCGGUCAACCCUACAGGAUGUUCAAAUCUGACGACCUGCACCUUGAGGCCGACGACCCUUCGCCGGAGGUCGAGCAAAGGCGCGUUACCUUUCUGCGCUCUCUUGCGCAAGCUAUGAGCCAACUUGCGACACUCGAGUUUCCGUAUACCGGCGUCCCUAGCUACGAGUAUCCGGAAGAUAAGAACCCAAAGUUCAUCGCGCCGGCCUGGCGGUGGCACUGCAAGAUGAACAUGGAAGAGCCGACGUCUUAUGGAUCAUUUGCGUCCAGCGAAGCCUUUUUCGCUGCUGGCCUUGACAGGCUAUGCGAGCCUGAGGAUUCUCUCGAUAGCGAUGGGAUGACCGAACUUGGCGUUCAGAUAGUGAUGCGGAUUAUUCUGUCUUCUGCACCGUUCAAACCAUCCACGCCCUCACAGGGUGAAAUUUCCCAGGCUGGGUACGGUAGCCACACCGUGCCGGUACGCGAAACAUUUGUCAUCCGACAUGACGACCUCGACCUCCAGAAUAUCCUGGUAGAUGAAGAUGGUAAUGUGACUGGCAUUAUCGACUGGGAUGCUUGCGCAGCGGUGCCACGCUGCAUUGGCUACACAUCCAUGCCUACCUUUCUUCGUCGCGACUGGCUCCCAGACUACGGCUUAGGUCGGCUGCCACAUAUGACUUGGGCCAUCGAGCGCUACCGCGAGAUAUACACCCAGGCUAUGGAGGAGCUCUGUCAGUCUUCGGAUGUAAACUUCACGCGCAAGUCCGCGAUGUAUCAGCUGGUGUUAGCGGCCUUGGAUAAAGACUUUCGGUGUAGGGAUGUUGUGAAGCUGCUGCUGAGGGAAAUGCCUGAGUACAGACGCGUUGAUGUGAAUUUGUUUUGUCGGAAGUUGGGGCAGGGUUGGCCAGCAGCUGAAAAGGCGUUGAGAAUGAAGAUGGCGGAGUUGUUGAAGCCGGAAUGA